AUAAUAAUAAUAAUAAUAAUAAUUUGUCCCAACAAAAGAAAAUACAAACGAGUAUCUACCCAUGUGUUGCUUUAGUUAGCCACUCAAUCUGUUGCACUACUACACUUCACCUGUCUUUCUUCUGAAUGAUUCUCUCAAGCUGCAGAAUACUGAAUAUUUUUCGAUCUUAACUGGGUCGAUGAAAUUUCGGGAAAUGAUUGAUGAAAGUUGACUAUAAGGAGCAAUAGUUGUGUGGAAUAUGUUUGUGUGAACAGAAUUUCACACAUAUCCAAGUGCAGAUUGGGUUAGAAACCCAAGAAAACCAGAUAAACAUUUUUUUUCCUCGUAGCAUCCACGUGUGAAUUUUAUUCAAGAUAAUGAUCUUUCUUGGUCCAGUCGAUGAUUUAUGAUCGGGGUUUUUCUUAAUUUGCUCGAUUUUUGUCCAAGAUGAUAGCUUUUUGGUGCUGCUGGUGAAAUUUUUUUCUGGGUUUCCAGCUUUUUGAAAAAAAAAAAAAGGGCAAAAACUAGUGAUAGAAGGCAAAAGGGGGGUCAUGGAGGUUUCUGUUAAGCAGAUAAAGAAGCAAUUAACUGGUAAAAGAGACGAUACAGCUUUACACUCAGCUGCAAGAGCUGGGAAUUUGGAAGUAGUUUUGGAGAUUAUUGAAGAAAAAGGGGAAGAGGAUUUAAGUGAACUAUUGUCUAAACAAAAUUCAUCAGGCGAAACUGCACUUUAUGUGGCGGCCGAAUGUGGUCAUGUUGAUGUUGUUAAGGCCCUCGUGAAAAAUUAUGAUGUGGGCUCGGCUGCAAUCAAGGCAAAGAAUGGUUUUGAUGCAUUUCAUAUUGCUGCCAAGCUCGGGGAAUUGGAGGUAUUGAAGGUCUUAAUGGAGUCCAUUCCCCAAUUAUUAGCCACUGUCGAUCAAUCAAACACGACACCAUUACACACAGCUUCAUCUCAAGGCCAUCUUGAGAUCGUCAAAUAUCUCUUGGAAAAAAACAGCAGCAUGGCCACAAUAUCAAGAAAUAACGGCAAAACCGCUCUUCACUCGUCUGCAAGAAACGGGCAUCUUGAAGUGGUCAAAGCCCUUCUUAGCAAAGAACCGGGAAUUGUGACGUGGAGUGAUAAAAAGGGUCAAACUGCCCUUCACAUGGCUGUAAAGGGAAAUUGUGCUAAAGUUGUUGAUGAGCUUAUUUCUUCGGAUAAUGGUUUGCUUAUGAUGUCCGAUGGAAAAGGGAAUACAGCUUUGCAUAUAGCAACAAGAAAGGGUCGAGCACAGAUUGUUCGAAAUCUACUGAAACACGAAGGGAUCAAUAAGGAAGCCAUCAACAAGUCAGGUGAGACAGCAUUAGACACGUCUGAAAAAAUGGGUCGUACGGAAAUAACGGCCAUUCUCCAAGAAAGCGGGGUUCGAAGUGCAAAAUCUCUGGCCCCACAAACCCAACCCGUAAUCGCAAGGGAGUUGAAACAAACCGUGAGUGACAUUAAACACGAAGUGCAUGAUCAGCUUUUGCACACUCGCCAGACGAGGAAAAAGGUCAGAGGCAUAGCAAAAAGGCUCAACAAAAUGCAGUCAGAAGGGCUCAACAAUGCAAUAACUUCGACUACAGUCGUGGCUGUUUUGAUCGCCACUGUUGCGUUUGCCGCCAUUUUUACUCUUCCAGGCCAGUACACGGAUGACGCCAAAGAAGUCCCUCCUGGUUUCUCCCUCGGUGAAGCUAAAAUCGCACCAAAUAUCGAAUUCGCCAUUUUCUUGAUUUUCGACUCGCUUGCUCUCUUCAUAUCCCUAGCCGUGGUUGUGGUCCAAACUUCGGUAGUAGUGGUCGAGAGACGGGCCAAAAAACGAGUCAUGACCAUAAUCAACAAGCUGAUGUGGCUCGCGUGUACUUUCGUGUCCGUAGCUUUUCUUGCACUUUGCUACGUAAUUGUGGGGAAAAACGAGAAGUGGCUUGCGAUCGGUGUUACUAUAGUGGGGACUCUUAUUAUAACCACGACUUUAGGAACUUUGUGUUAUUGGGUGAUAAUGCACCGUAUAGAAGCCUCGAAUUUGAGGAGCUUAAGGAGGAGCAGCCGGUUAGCUUCUUGGUCGGUUUCGGCUGUUGUUUCGGGUUCGGAAGUUGGUGAGGAUGAGUAUAAAAAGGUGUAUGCUUUGUGAUAAUCAUGUGUAUAGUGAUAUUUGGCCUUGGUUUAGGUUGCAAAUUGCAAAGUAUAUUGAAGUAUAUAUAUAUAUAUUUAUUAGGAAAAUAAUAUAGAUAAAUGAAAUUAUGAAAUCGGGUUCAUUUGCGAUUCUAGCGCGAGUGAGCUGGUGAUUUGUAUCCUAUAUUGUUUAGAUGUAUUGUUGAUUCUUGAUUGAUGUAUCUGAAAAUUUCACCAAAUUCAUCAGCAGUAAUAUAUGUAUAGCAUUGGCAGUUUGUGUGUUGAUCUGCAUUUUCUCCAAAUUGUUGAUUCUUGAUUAGUUGUAUUGUUUAUUUGAAAUUUUCACCAAAUUCAUCAGCAG